AUGCCGCUGGUUGAGAGCGUUCUGGACUUUGUCAAACGUACUGAGGUACCCUUCGUUGUGGACGCAGAUGGCCUAUGGUUUAUCAAGGAAUCAAUACGCGAUGUACCUCCAUUGCCUUCGGCUAUUUUUACACCAAAUCACAUUGAAUUUUCAAGGAUGUGCGAAGCCGCCCUCGAUGUGCAUAAUGUGCUAGACAUGAAGCUAAGUUUGUUUUUCAUACGAAGUGUUUGCGUUUUGUAA